AUGAUGGAGCGGGCGGGUCGUCGUGCUAAAGCGGGUUCGCUGAGUGGGUUGUCGGGCGGGUUACCCGGAGCGCCGGCGGUGCGUCGCCAGCGCUCGCUGGAGUGGGCCGGCGACAGAUACAGCAGUAGCGACGAGGACCGCCCGCAGAAAGCACCACAACUUGAUGAUAGAGUUUUUGCUUCACUAUUAGCUCAAGCUACUCAGCAGUUUGACAGUGAACAACGUCGUAUGUAUGGGUCAGAGAAUAGAGAAGAUCGGCCGUGCUACAUUAGUAGUCCCCAAAGACAAGCUUCACCUUUUCCUCUAGAAAGUACAAAUCGACGCUUCUAUAGAAAAAAUCGGAAUUCUAAAGAUGAGGAAAUAUUUAGCGGUGAUGCAGGAGGUGGAACUUUAUCCCGUCGAAAUAGAAGGCCCGAUGACUUUUCCCAUGAAACGAAUAACCGCAACAAUCGAAUGUGCCAUGUGAAUGGCCCCUCAAGUGCCGGUCAAAGCGAGCGCGAAUGUGAUUCACCACCAGAGCCUGCGCCUCCUGAAGUCCCACCGCGCGGACCCUCUCUGCAUGUCACGCUUCGUCAUCGCCCUGCCCCCGAUCAGCCUUCUGAUUCCGACCGCCUUUUCCUAUCCGAAGUACAGGUCAGGAACUUUGCGUUGCGCAUCCGUAACGAAAGAAGAGAGCUGUUAAAUUUGAUUUGUGCGAGAACUCGACGCAGAAUGAGGCGCUUUGAUGUGGCGUAUCCCUUGCCCCCCGCGCCGGGGCCUGCUGAAAUUGCGCACACUUUCAGAGAAACUCUUACCUUAAUU